AUGCGACCUAGCCUACGCUUUCCACCACAGACAACGCCAUCAUGCAAAAUUCAAAAUUGUAAAACGUUGGCAUAUAUCAUUGGAACUUUUAUCUAUUUAAUAAUUGGUGCAACUAUAUUUGAUAAACUGGAGUCAUCACAUGAAGAUGUUCGGCGUGAUCACUACGAUAAAAAUAUCAGUCUAUUUCAACGACAGCACAAUAUGUCAAGAGGUGAUUUUGAUCGUUUGACCUCGAUUAUAUUGAAAAAUCAUCAAUACAAGAAAAAACAAUGGCAAUUUAUUGGAUCAUUUUACUACUCGACAGUGGUUUUAACGUUGAUUGGAUAUGGUCAUGCAACACCAACAACAUCAUCGGGAAAAGCCGUCACAAUAGCUUAUGCUUUAAUUGGUAUUCCGAUGUCUCUCAUUAUGUUUCAGUCUGUUGGUGAACGUCUCAAUUCAUUAAUAACAUAUUGCUUAAAACGUUUGAAACGUCGAUUUAAAAAAAGUGAAUAUGUAACCGAUAUGGAACUGUUAACUUGUGAAGCAUUAUUGAGUGUGUUAACCUUAUUGACUGGUGCAUACAUGUUCUAUUUAAACGAAAAAUGGUCGUAUUUGAGUUCUUUGUACUAUUGUCUAUUAACAUUAACGACGAUUGGUUUUGGCGAUUUUGUUCCAUUACAACAGAAAAACUAUAAUGAAUAUCCAUAUGUCUACAUUUUCUUUACUAUUGGUUUUAUUCUCACUGGUUUGACGAUACUUGCUUCAUCGUCUAAUUUACUUGUUCUAAAAAUGGUUGAAACCGAUACAAAUCGUAUAAAAACUGAACAGACUAUAGCACACGAACGACGUAUGCAAGCAGUACAUCUUGUCGGCGAUGUUAUUAGUGCCAACGGACGUUUAAUUACUUUAGAAGAAACACCAUCCGAGAGUAUGACACAAGUAUCUGAAAGUAUAUCGCUGUGUUCAUGCACAUGGAAUCAGCCUUGUACACGACGACAAUGUUGUUGUUUUGUAUUACGAAAACAUGGCAGACCAUUGGAACAGAUUUCGUGUCCACAACAUCAACAUUCAUCACCAAGAGACGAACAACAUUCCGGUGAAAUGCUCAAUAGAACAAAAAUAGAAUCAUCAGCAAAUAUAUUGACCAAAUCUUAUCUGGCUCUAAAUCAAAUUCGGGUGCAAAAUAGAAAUUCUAUUUGA